AUGAAGUUCACUGCCAUCGUCGCCUCCCUCUGCCUAGUGGCAGCUCCAUUCGUCGCUGCAGAGGAGACCACUACCUCAACUGCCACCACGACCAUCACUAAGACUCUGAUUCGUGUCAAUUCAGUGACCCCAACUCCUAGUUCCACUGCGAGCAAUAUGACCACCAUGGCUGCUUCGACGUCAACUCCUCUGUCUCACGCAGCCUCCACUUCAGCUGCUGCCGCCGCUACCUCGUCCGGCGCUGCGGCCAACAUUGGCGCUGGCAUGCCAGCUGCCUUGGCCGCUGCUGGCUAUAUCGUUGUGAUGGUGGGCCAAGCCCUGUAA